GACACAUUACAGUUCCCAACUGACAAAGACAAGAUGACCAGUCUCUCUGCUAAAGACAAGGAUGUCGUCAAGGCAUUCUGGGCCAAGAUCUCUUCCAAGGCAACAGAUAUUGGAGCAGAUGCUCUUGGCAGGAUGCUGGUGGUCUACCCUCAGACCAAGACCUACUUCGCCCACUGGAAGGACCUGAGCCCCGGCUCUGCCCCGGUGAAGAAGCACGGACAGACUGUGAUGGGAGGAGUUGCUGAAGCUGUGGGCAAAAUCGACAAUCUGACUGCUGGUCUCCUGAACCUCAGUGAGCUGCAUGCUUUCACUCUGAGAGUGGAUCCUGCCAACUUCAAGAUUCUCUCCCACAACAUCCUGGUAGUGCUGGCCAUCAUGUUCCCCAAUGACUUCACCCCUGAGGUGCAUGUGGCUAUGGACAAGUUCCUGGCUGCUUUGGCUCUGGCUCUGGCUGAGAAGUACAGAUAAACGUCAAGAGAAGGAAGCAUCCGCAUCAUUACCUUAAUGCAAAUAAAGUACUUCAAUUUCAACAA